AUGUCGUCACUGCUCAAAGUGGAUAAUGAAAUUAAAACCAAGGUUGAUGCAUUUAGAGAACGUAUCACUGCAGAAGCAGAGGAUCUAGUUGCUAAUUUUUUCCCAAAGAAGUUACUGGAACUUGAUCAGUUUCUUAAGGUCAGUGGGCCUCAAUAUCUUUUGUUUUAUUGCGUGCAGGAGCCAAUCAUAAACAUCGUAGAGUUGAAGGAGAUCCACUCGGACAUCAACCUAACAGUGCCCGACCCAAUCCUUCUCUCCAAUCUUCAUGAUGGACUCGAUUCGCAAAAUGCCAAAAAGAGAAAGCUGGAGGAUGGAGCUACAGAGGCUAAGGUGACCGGCACAAAAGUCUUCGUCAUGCCUGGUGGGAUGAUGCAGAGUAACAACAACCUGGUGGAACUCAUCGAAAAGGUCAAACCGGAGAUCCGGACGCUUAUAGAGAAAUGCAACACGGUAAAAAUGUGGGUGCAGCUGCUGAUUCCCAGGAUAGAAGAUGGCAACAACUUUGGAGUGUCCAUCCAGGAGGAGACAGUGGCUGAGCUCAGGACAGUGGAAGGCGAGGCAGCCUCUUACCUGGACCAGAUAUCAAGAUAUUACAUCACUCGAGCAAAGCUGGUUUCAAAAAUAGCAAAAUACCCUCAUGUGGAGGACUAUCGGCGCACAGUAACAGAGAUUGACGAAAAGGAAUACAUCAGUCUGAAGAUAAUUGUAUCGGAACUCCGAAAUCAAUACGUGGCGCUACACGAUAUGAUCCUAAAGAACAUUGAGAAGAUUAAGAGGCCUCGAAGCAGUAACGCUGAAGCCUUGUACUGA